CGGAACUAAAGUUAUAAGCGCCCGUAUUAUAGCAACACGUUCAAGAGGGCAUGAGCGCCUACGGAACGGCAACCAGCUGUUCAACUUUACGAGAGGACAAUGCCGAAUUCGAAACGUUCAAACGACUCUAAGCUGCGACAUGACAAAGGUUGUACUUAAUGAACAGCUGGUAUCUAUCUUUACGCUCGUACGUGCGACGAAUAAAACUAUAACCUAUGGAGAAUCAGAUUCACUCGGAGUUGAUUAUGAAGGAGGAACAGGAUGACGAUGACGAGGCAAAGGAUGGUCGACGUUCCACCGAGAGCAACAAGAGCGUCACCCCGGACGCAUCGGCGAUCGGAAUACGACCGAAGCCCCUGAUUUACAAGCCGGAGAACGUAAACUGCAAAUCCGAGCCGAUCGAGACAAAAUGGCACUGGGCACCAGGAGCGUGGCAAGACGCGACCAGGACCAGUGCGUUCCAGCCGUACAAACCGCCCACUUUGCUCACGAAUUUGCAAAGAGGCAAUACUCAGACCCAGAUACAUCAGCUGUACGUUGGGAACGACAUCACAUUUCAUACCUUGGCGGGUCAAGGGGAACUUACGCCUGAUCACAUACAUUCAAGUUCCGUAGAUGCGACUGAUGAAAAGGGUUUGACAGGACUGAUGUGGGCUUGUGCGUACGGUCAAUUAGGCAGCGUUAAGCAGUUGCUGAAGUGGGGUGCGAACGUAAAUUUUCGUGGCCCAAAAUUGGAGACGAGUUUACACCUGGCAGCUGCUUAUGGGCACCAUGACGUUGUUAAAUUACUGUUGAGUCAUAAUGCUGAUCCAAACACAUGUGACGAGGAUGGUAAUACUCCGCUUAUAUAUGGAGCACAUUACGAUCAUCCACAUGUCUGCUAUGAAUUGUUAACAAAAGGUGCAGAAGUGACACUGACUAAUUCUUCAAAUAUAAGUGCUUACAAAGCAGCAAUAAUGAAUAAUUCAAUGAAUGCCAAGGCAGUUAUUGAAAAUCACUUGAUACCACAACUCAUAAACGUAUUAUGAACUAUGACUAGAUAAAGUGUUGAACACUUUAAUUGUAAAUAUCUAAAAAUCUGUACAUAUAUGUAGUAUAAAUACAUAUCUACAAAUUGUAAAUAAAACAAAUACUAAUAUUUUCGGGUUUAAUUGCAAAAAGAUUUGUACGUAUACAGGUAGUGUACUUUUUUAAUAAAUGUUAAUAAAAAAGUAUAUAUAUAUAUAUAUUUAAGGAUGCAUGAAAUAUUUACUGAGAUAAGGUAUAUAAAGUUACAAACGAAUAACAAAAAUUGGAUAUAUGUAUAUUUGGUAGUAAUACAACUCUCUGCGAACGAUAUUGUAAUACUAAAAUAUAUAUAUACUAAAAUAAAAAGUCAAACUUACA